CAUCCAAUAUUCCUUCCAAAGUGCUGUUUGUUUGAAACAGAAAAAAUGCCCGAUAAAUCCGCUGCACGCUCCUCAAGUACCCCACCUCAAUUUACUCAAGCCAAACACCAGACUUUGGUUUUGCCCAAAACUAGCUAAUUACAGUUCCUAACUCGUUUCCUCUACAAACGGUUCGUAAUUCUUCUGCAACACUGAUCUAUGCAAUAUAAAAAAUUCAAAUUCCCUAGAUUCGCCGGACGUCCUUCUCCUUCGAUUACCGUUCGAUCAAUUUCUCCUGUCGUUUCGUUUGUAUAUUAAUGACGGAUAUUCAGAGUAGUAGUGGAAGUGGAUUGGAUGAAGCUCAAAUGCAGAUGCAACCACCUCCUCCUGGAACUUUUGUAGAUCGUGAAGAACUUAUACAACAUGUUGGGGACUUUGCUGUAUCUCAAGGAUAUGUUGUAACCAUCAAGCAGUCCAAGAGAGAAAGAGUAGUGGUACUUGGCUGUGAUAGGGGAGGUGUUUACCGUAACAGGAAGAAAGCUGAUGAAGAGACUUCGGCUGAACGGAAGCGCAGAAAAAGAUCUGGUUCACGACUUACUAACUGUCCCUUUGAAGCUGUGGGUAAGAAGGAUGAUGGGUUGUGGGUGCUUACUAUUAAAAACGGAACACACAACCAUGAGCCACUGAAGGACAUUACAGAACAUCCUUCUGCUCGUCGCUUUUCUGAGAGUGAGAUUGUGUUGAUUAAGGAGAUGACAGAAGCUGGAUUAAAACCUCGCCAGAUUCUGAAGCGACUGAGACAAAGCAAUCCAGAGCUUUUGUCCACUCCAAAGCAUGUUUACAAUGUUAAAGCCAAACUUCGACAAGGAAAUAUGACAGGCAGAAAUUUCAAGUCAUUGAGACCUGAGAAAUCUGCUGGAAGGGACAAACAUCUCUCAAUUGCUGAGCCUUCUUGGAGGCAGCGCUACCCCAUGAGGGUUCCUAAUUUUAUUGGCGGUAGACUUGUUAAUUCACAGUCAUUUGCGUCCAUCGAUGUCAUAAAUCCUGCAACACAGCAAGUUGUUUCUCAAGUUCCUCUAACUACAAAUGAGGAGUUCAGAGCUGCAGUUUUUGCAGCAAAGCGAGCUUUUCCACAGUGGAGAGACACACCUAUUACCACCCGUCAACGCAUCAUGUUCAAGUUCCAAGAGCUUAUUCGGAGAGAUAUUGACAAACUAGCCAUGAGCAUUACUACUGAACAUGGAAAGACUUUGAAGGAUGCACAUGGUGAUGUAUUACGAGGAUUAGAGGUGGUGGAACAUGCUUGUGGAUUGGCAUCUCUGCAGAUUGGGGAGUUUGUUUCCAACAUAUCGAGUGGAAUUGAUACCUAUAGCAUUAGAGAACCACUUGGUGUCUGUGCUGGGAUAUGCCCUUUUGAGUUUCCAGCUAUGAUCCCACUAUGGAUUUUUCCAAUUGCUGUCACAUGUGGUAAUACCUUUAUUCUAAAGCCAUCGGAGAAGGACCCAGGGGCUUCUGUGAUGCUUGCAGAGUUAGCUAUGGAGGCUGGUUUGCCUAAUGGUGUCUUAAAUAUUGUCCAUGGCACUAAUGAAAUUAUUAAUGGUAUUUGCGAUGACGAUGAUAUUAAAGCUAUUUCAUUUGUCGGUCCAAAUGCGGUUGGUGCUUAUGUGUAUGCAAGAGCAUCAGCUAAAGGAAAACGUACACAGUCCAAUAUUGGAGCCAAAAAUCAUGCAGUUAUCAUGCCCGAUGCAAGUGUGGGUGCUACCAUAAAUGCUCUAGUUGCUGCUGGCUUUGGUGGUGCAGGACAAAAGUGCAUGGCCCUGAACAUGGCUGUCUUUGUUGGAGGCCUAGGCCCAUGGGAAGAGAAGUUAGUAGAGCAUGCCAAGGCACUUAAAGUAACCUCUGGAACAGAACCGGAUGCAGAGCUUGGUCCAGUUAUUAGUAAGCAGGAAAAGGAACGGAUAAUCACAUUGAUUCAAACAGGUGUUGAAAGUGGUGCAAAGCUAGUUCUUGAUGGAAGAAAUAUUGUGGUUGCAGGAUAUGAAAAUGGGAACUUCAUUGGUCCUACCAUCUUAUCGGAUGUCACAGUCAACAUGGAAUGUUACAAGGAGGAUAUUUUUGGCCCAGUUCUUCUUUGUAUGCAGGCUGAUAGCAUCGAAGAAGCCAUAAACAUUGUUAAUGGAAAUAAAUAUAGCAAUGGAGCUUCUAUAUUUACAACAUCUGGCGUCGCUGCAAGGAAAUUCCAGACUGAGGUUGAGGUUGGGCAGGUUGGGAUAAAUGUUCCUAUCUCGGUUCCGCUGCCAUUCUCCUCGUUUAUUAGCGCAAAACCAUCUUUUGCUGGAGAUGUCAGCUUUGACGGAAAAGCUGGAAUUCAGUUUUACACCCAAGUUAAAACAGUGACUCAACAAUGGAGAGAUUUAGUGAGUGACGAUUCGUCAUCUCACCAGUUGCCAAGCUCCUAGAUACCAUCCUAGAUAGAGACUGCUCCAGAAAUAGCAGGGAGAAGAGACAGAAAUUGCUAAAUUAUUAUUAUUAUUAUUAUUAUUUACCUUCCUGGACUAGGGCGAGAUUGUACCUUUUGUUUAUAAUCAAUCUCGCCUUUGGGUCCUGGCACAUAGUGGUUUCAUUCUCUUUGUUUGCCUGGUUGUUUCUUCCAUGCGACAGCAAAAAUGCUAUGGUUCCUGGAUAAUGACGACCCAGUGUGGAGCUAUAGGUGGUGAUGAGGUUAUUUUCAAUCAAAUGCUAUAAAGUGAUGGCCAUGGUUCUCUCU